UGUGUAUCUUAAGAUAAAUUAUUGAAUGAACUUCAGUUCAAGUUUUAAAAUCAAUUUCAAUACUGGUUCUGGUUGUCAUCGUUAUUAUCUUAUAGUUUAAUUGUUAUUCAACAUUAUUUAAACAUCAUAAUCAGCAAGUUACUUUCGCAGUAUCGCAGUCUGAUAAUUAAACACAUUAAGUUGUUUUUGUUGAAUGGUGAAUGGUGAAAUAAAGUUCAAAAAUCACACUGCGCGGUCAUAGAACAUUGCAUUACACGGGCAAAACCUCAAAUAAUUUCAAAAUCAAUAAUUAGAAUUAGUAUAGAAAAAACAUUUAUUUCGGAGUUAAAAAUAGAAAAUAAACAUGACUAACGCAGAAUUGCGUAAAAGAAAGAAUAAACAGCACAAUGAUAGGCCAAAGAAAGGGCCAUCAAAGAAGAAGAAAGAAGCUGGUAUAUCGAUGCAUGUAUCACUGUUGUGUUUAAUUUUAAGCGGAACUGUUUUUACAGUAUUUAUAAUUUUAUACACUGAUCAAUUACCAUGGUUUAUGGCACAUAGGGCUGUUGAUAGCUUUGCAAAGAAAUUUUUAGGUAGUCACAAGCCAGUUUAUGCAGUGGUAAUGGAUGCUGGCAGCACAGGGUCUAGGGUUUUAGCAUACUCAUUUCACGAAUCCUAUUUUGGAAAUCAUUUAAUAUUAGAUAAGGAACUAUUUGAAUAUACAAAACCGGGGCUAUCUUCAUUUGCUAAAGAACCUGAAAAAGGUGCCCAAACUAUAGCCAAACUUUUAGAACACGCCAAACAGGAGAUUCCUGGCGAGUAUUGGUCCAAAACACCCCUAGUAUUAAAAGCAACGGCAGGAUUGAGGAUGCUACCGAUCCAUCAAGCAGAAAAGUUACUUGAAUCGGUAAAAGCCGUAUUCAAAACGAUGCCGUUCAUGACAAAUGAAAACUCCGUAGAAAUUAUGGAUGGUACUGACGAAGGAGUGUUUUCGUGGUUUACUGUAAAUUUUUUAUUGGAAAGGUUAAAUCAGGAUCCAGCCAAUAGCGUCGCGGCCUUAGACUUAGGUGGCGGUUCAACUCAAGUUACCUUUGCAGCAAUGACUCCAGCAAGUCUUAAAGAAAGCGACUUUAUUCAGCAGGUGGCGUCACCAAGGGGUUCUAUUCCAGUCUACACAAACAGUUUUGCUGGCUUAGGACUAAUGGCAGCUAGACAUGCCAUGAUUACUUUGAAUCAACCAGAUGCUGUGAAUGUAACCAGCGAAUGUGUAAAUCCUAUAAUAAGGAAGAAAAAAUUCCUUUAUCACGGUAAAGAAUAUUCCGUUUCCGGUCUACAAGAAAACUAUCCUACUUCAAAAGUCAGGGGUACCAAUACUCAAAUCGGUGAAACAGUUCCUAUUGUUAGUUUUCAGGAUUGUUCAAAGCUAAUUACAGACUAUGUAAAGAGCAAAGCUAGUCCCCCGCAUGAAUUACCCCUAAAAACUAUUUUUGCAUUUAGUUACUACUUUGAUAGAGCCACGGAAGUGGGACUGAUAGAUGAAGCAACUGGUGGCAAUAUACUAAUAAAAGAUUUCAAAGGAGCAGCUGAAAAAGCAUGUCAUGAAGCUAAUGCAGAUCAACCGUUUAUGUGCCUCGAUCUAACGUUUAUCUGGUCACUUCUGGAACACGGAUUUGGUUUAAAACCUGAAACUAAAAUAUUUUUACACAAAAAGAUCAACGGACACGAAAUAUCAUGGGCACUGGGUGCUGCUUACGAAGUUCUUAGAGGAAAACAAACAGUCCGAUAGAAGGGAAAGGUGUAUAGUUAACGUACAACGAGUAAUAGCACUAUAUAUUGUUUAGUAUCAAUUUUCUAUAAUAAGAACAAGAGCUUUUUCAAUGUCGAAACAACGGAAUAACGACCAAUUUUAGAUUUAGUGCUAUAUUGGAAUAUUUGAUGAAUAGUGUAUAGGAUUGAUUACUGCAUUGUGUAAGAGUUUUUAGACGUGUAUAAUAUUUUCGCUGAACAGAAAUUUUUUGUUUUGGGCUGAUUUUACCCACAAUCUCAUGUUAAGGCAUAUUCUAUCUAACUUAAAAACUCAAAUACUUUAAUUAUUAAUAAAAUUGCAUGCAAAUUCUUUAAUUUUGAAGCCAUAUAAUAGUUACAGUUCCAGGAGAAUGAAUGGAUGGUUCAAAAAGUUAUUAAUUUAUAAAAAAAAGUCGUUUUUUUUUCCAAAGUCCAUCGUUCUGCGAAAAUAAUUUCGUGAUAUUUUGUAAUAUAAUUAUCUUCUAAGAACUAAUUAAUUUUAGGUUUAUAAUAAUAUGUUAGUCUCUAUUUAAGAGGUGGGCAUUUUUUUAAUUAGCCAUCCGGAUGAAAUACAUCAACUAACGUAAGCCGGAAUUAUCGUUACUAACGAGAAGUGAAGAUUAAAUAUAGAUAUGUCCCAAAAUUAUACAUACGAAGUCUGGCUAUUAAAUAACGAGACUGCUUAUGAAAAAGAGUUUUAUUUUAAAAACUAUUCUGCAAUCGAAUGCUCUCCUUCAAUAUAUUCCCCUUGCCUUGCCAUACACCGUUCCAUUUGUUUUUUCCAUUGGUCAAAGCAAUGCUGGAAGUCUUCUUUUGUUAGAGCUUUUAGGAGCUCCGCGGUUUUUCGCUUCACCUCGUCCAUCGACUCGAACCGGAUUCCUUUUAAGGCAGACUUGAUCUUCGGAAACAGGAAAAAGUCACAAGGUGCUAAAUCAUGCGAGUACGGUGGGUGUUGGAGCACUAGACUGACUCUAGCGGCUAAAUAAUGCUUCACAGGCAGCGCGUUUCCGGCCGUUUCUUACGAUCUCGCUCUCGCAGCGUUGCCAAAAUUUUCAAAUAGUAAGUUUGGUUUACAGUUUAACCGCCUGGAACUCCUUCAGUCAUCACGAUGCCUUUAAUUUGAAGCAUCUUUGCUUUUUUCAUUCUUGGCCAUGCAGGAGUUUUUCAGUGCAUGGAUUGUCGCUUAGUUUCAGCAUCGUAUUGGAAUAUCCAAGUUUUAUCGUAGCUGAUGAUGUUUUCCAUUAAUUCAGGCUCUUCAUGUAACCUCUUAAGAAAAUCUGAGCAGAUCUGUUGACGGACGAGCUUUUGGUCAGGGGUCAAAUUUUUUGGGACCAAUUUCGCAUAGACUUUCUUCAUAUUCAAUUCGUCAUGUAAAAUUUUUCUGACAUUUUCUUUAUCGGCGUGUAUAGUCUCAGCAAUCAUCCGAAUGCUCAUACGACGAUCUCAGCGCACAAUUUCUUUUAUUUUGGUCACUUUUUGCGGAGUUAAAACAGACAGCGACCUGUACGUUGGUCAUCUUUGGCGCUCUCUCGGCCUUUAGCAAAUCGUUUAUACAAUUUGAAAACACGCGCAUGAGAUAGAGAAUUCUCACCAUAGGCCUCUUUCAACAAAUUAUAGUUCUCGGCAAAUCCGUUGCUCAUGUUUUUCGUCACACAUUGUUAUAGGCACGAGAAAAAAACACGUUUUUUUCUAACCUCUACACAAAAAAUACUACAGCGACAAAAACGUGUUUUUGUACUGGAAGAGUACACACUUCGUUUCGUAUUCGUUUUCCACUCUUCCCCUCUAGGACGCCUUCUGCGCGCGCAGUCUCGUUAUUUAAUAGAUAGACCUCGUAUAGUUUUAUGGUUCUAUGGUUGUUAAUUUCGAUAUCAUCUCGGCCAAUUUCAAAACUGUUGUGGGCCGAUUUUGUGUCAUCUACAUAUGUACGCUAAUUUUUUUAUUAAACUAUAUUUUCCAUCAAACAAUCAGUAUUGCGUUAACCCUUAUUCUUACGAUACCCUCCAUAGAUAUAUCGCCCAUCGAAACUCAAUGCAAUGAUUAGUAAGCAAUUAUACGCAACUGACUUUUAGCUCAUUAUAAGCUCGUAUAAUUACCCAUUACUCAUUGCAAACGAUUAUUUUUCUCACUGAAUCAAAGUAUUAGAACAGACCACGAUGAAAGAUAUACAAUGAAAUAUCUAUAUAGUUUUUUGUACGUACAUUAGAGAAGAAAAGUAAUAACGUUAAUUUUGCACAACGUAUUUGAAACAUUAUUUGAUUAAACAAACUGAAUUUAGUGAUCGGCUUUAAGACUAAAUACGGCAUUUGUCUAACAUCGAUAGCGGUAUAUACUUGUAGGUAACUGUAUCUCUUGACAUUCCUGUAUGAAAUAUAUAUUUUUUAAUUGUUUGAAGUUGUUAAUUUCAAUUAUUGAUUUUGUUUUACUGUGUGAUUUUUAUAAAUAAUUUUAAGGAUAAUUCCAAUAUGGCACUACCUUAUGCCAAUUUAAAUGUACAUAUAUCCUUUUGACGGAAUAGAUGUUUCUGCUUGAGCUGUGAAAAUGUAAUACUCAAAUAGACCUAUUAAGGAAAAGGAAACGAAGAUAAACGGCAAACAAAAAGAAAUUGCAUAAAAUGCAAGAAGAUUUUAAGAGUGUAUUAAUCUCCUAUAAUAAAUAAGAUCAUUCAUAAAACUAAAACAGCCGCUAAAAAGAAAGGGCGAGGAGAAACACAAAGAAGAAAUCAAAAGAAGAAUCUUUCUAAUAACAUUAACAUCUAGCUUUAAAACAAAGCAAAACUCAAAAACAUUAACCUAUUCAAACAUAACCUUUACAUAAACGUAAGAGUAAAUUUACUGUCAAUAUUUUAACACACAGCACUGUAACAACUGUUACGGUUCUGUGACUCAAACUGUUUGUGUCAGUUUGUUGAUAACACCAAGUCGUAUCAGACUAAAUCUAAGACCAAGUCCUAUCAUGACAGAACUAACGCCAAGUCUAGGUACGUUUAUGUAACUCUUAAAUAGGUUGAAGUUUGAUAUGUCUGUAUACAAAAUUACCAAAAAUAAAAAAAUUGUAGUUACGUUCGUGUGACUCCAAGUCUCCGAAUUAUUAUAAAGUUUAAAAAUGCUCAAACUGUUUUUGUAGCAUAUGUAAGUUAAAUAUAAUAUUUAUAUUAAAAAGCUAUUUCUUGAAAAUGACAAGGUUUUGGAUACAUUUAACGACAUUCGUGAUACUUAUAUAAUUGCGUUUCGUAAUUGACAAAGUUCGUAGUGUUGUUUUAAGUACAUAAUUAACAGAAAAUUGAUACUAUUAUAGACUCAUCGACAAAAAUAAUAUGUGCCUUAUACGUAAAAGAGAGUGAUAAAAAAAUUAGGUGUAACAUGAUUUUUUUUAUUAGCUAAUCAUAAAUUUGUGCUAGUAUAGAAAAGCUUGGUAAGAAUAUUCUCGCAUAUUCUAGCCCCAAGUAUACGAGUACUAUUUUUUGAUAAUUUUGUACGUUUUUAUAAUUAUAUUAAUACAAUUAAGUUACGCCUGAUGAGUCCUAUAACUCUCUUUAAAAUGUUUGUUGUUUUGUUAUGUUUAUUGGCUGUGCAGUUAUUCCAUUCUUUUGAGUGUACGUCAAUGAUUUAAUAAAUUUUUCCAAUGCUU